AUGUCCUAUUACAUCCGAGUGCACCUCCCGCAACACGGCCGAACGUUUGUCAUGGAUGCAAACGUAUUUGGACACAUCUACAGCGAGUUCGUUCAAGUGGAGCGAAAAAUUGGACUUGCGCACGAGCACUGUUGCGGUAUCACCGCAACAUUUCCGUACGAGAAGUACGAUCACAAUCUGAGGAAAUGCCUUGUGCAUGUAGACUCGAAAGGAAUCUCCAGCAUCGAAGCGAUUAAAAAAGUUGUCGGUGGAUAUUUCGACGCGGAGCUGCGAACUAAAUAUCCUGACAACGCAGCACCAGCGUUCGUCGUGAGAGGAGUCCGAACAAGCCCGGCACAGAUAAACCACGAUGACUGCGGAAUAUUUGUUCUAUACUUCAUCAAGCGCACGGUCGAGGCAUUUCAAACCGGGAAUACGCUUCUCUUAAGCGAUAUCAAGAAGAUAUGCACAAAUCCAAGGUCCGCGCGCUUCAACGCAAAACUGAUGCGGAUGCAGAUCAUAGAGAGCCUGACACAAACGCACGCGACGGCUCACUGGAAUUCGGGUCUCGGUUAA